CUGGUAAGGUAAGAGGUAAUGGGGCGUAGAAUACGAUAGGUGGCGGUAGUGCACCACUAAUGAUGCAAACCACCGUGAAACUAAAGAAGAAGAAGAACCAACGAAGAAGGACGCCAACAAGCUAAUGUGAAGGCGACGCUGACCAUGGCUGAAGAGGAAUCUAAAAAGGUGAUCAAACUAGUGCCAGAGUAUCUGCUGAAGAAGAGGAAAGCCUACCAGGCAAUCAAAGCUACACAAGCUAAACUAGCACUACUCGAGAAGAGAAAGGGAUCCAAAGGACAACCGUUAAAGUUCAAACGUUUGGAAAGCUUCUUGAAACACAGCCACAGGAAGCAUCGUGAUGAAACUCGUAUUAAGAGAUCAGAGAAGAGACCUCCUCCACCUUUGCCCCCUGCUAAGAAUAAGCUAGCCUUUGCUGUCCGCAUCAGAGAAAUUAAAGGUGUCAGCCCCAAGGUGAUGAAAAUUAUCCAGAUGUUGAGGUUAAGGAAGAUCUUUAGUGGGACUUUUGUGAAAAUCAACAAGACCUCUGUGGCCAUGAUGAAAAUAGUGGAACCUUACGUGGCCUGGGGAUUUCCGAACCUGAAGUCUGUUCGUGAGCUCAUCCUGAAGCGAGGACAAACCAGAGUAGGCAGGAAAACGAUUCCCCUCACAGACAAUGCCUUCAUUGAGGAGCACAUGGGUAAACAUGGUAUCAUCUGUUUAGAAGACUUGAUCCACGAGGUCUACUCUGUUGGUAAAGCUUUCAGGGCUGCCAACAACUUCCUGUUGCCUUUCAAGCUGUCUGUGGCUCGUCAUGCUGUCAGGGACAAGUUGGGGCUCCUGAAGGACCUAGGAAGCCCUGGAUUUCGUGACACAGACAUUAACUCUAUCAUCAGACAACUGAACUGAGGAGAACAGACAUUUGGCAGCAAGUUCAGUGAUUUACCCCUGGGAGCAAAUAACAGCGACAAAGGAAAAAUGCAUUUUUUUUUCAUAGACUCAUGGUUCUAUGCUUUUUUUUUAUCCAUAAAUGUAUUCAUCAAAAUGACACCUGCCUUUUACUAUGGACUAAUGUGAUGCAGUCAGUUGUAAAUAGGAUUCCUGUUAGAGAAAUGGCUCUGUACUUAUUUGAUGACAGUAGUUGUGGAUGAUAUAUAUGCAGGAGUUAAAGUUGUGCUGUCUAACGAUGGCUGUUAAACUUUUUUAUUACUAUAAAAAGAUCUCAUUACAUUAUAGUAACUGCAGUGUUGAGAGAUUGUAGGAAUGUAAGGACACCCAAUGCUGGUUUUCAACAAAAUUAAAUGGUUCUUUGAUCUUG